AUGAAUGAUGACAAAAACCCACUUGAAUCGAACAUUCUUUUCCCAUUUUCCCAAGGAGUAUUGGCUGCUCGUGCAUCCUAUAACACAGCACUUUAUUUAGCACCAUCUUUAACUGCCACAAAGAUAUUCUUAAAAUGGCAAAAUUGUAGCAAAUACAAUUGCGAACAAUCCGUAGAGGACAUCACUUUCCUGUUACUGAACUUGCUACUGUCUGCUAACAUGGCCAACUCUUCAGACUCUUCAGCCCUGCGACUUGGCUCGGAAAAACAGAGACCGUUGAUAGCUUAUAUUGGGGGAAAUUAUACAAAACAUGAAGGUAUGUUACAGCAAGCUAUGGUUAAAACUACUGAAGAUAGAAUAUAUCUACUUCAAAAGUUGUUUAGGUUUUGUUUGGCAUUAGUAGCAGGUAUGAAGUAUACAUGGCUUUGUUUACUUUCCGUUGGAUUGACAGCGCUACAUUUCGUUGCAUCUCAGCAAUGUGAUCCAACUGGUGCAUUUUCAUUCUGCAAAGCCGCUUGUCCGGUCACUGAUGAAGAGAUCGCAGGAGGAAAGUGUUUAAAAAAUAAGAAUGGUAAAACUAGAUGUUGCAAGUUGAUGUGCAACGGGGAAGGUACAAUGUGCUUGCAAAAGGGACAAACCUGCCAAGCAUUUGGAUUUACAGAUGAAGCUCCAACCGCCCCAUGUCCAAGCCAAGGGGUGUGCUGUAGAGAGCCGCCAAUUCCAGAAAACUGGCCUGAAGGAUACCCAUGGCCACCACUGUAUGCUUGGCCUAAAAAUUACGUCUUUCCUGUCAAUUACAUCUUUCCACAGUACUGGCCAUAUGGUUGGUACGAACCUCCAAAGAAGUCAUACCCAGAUGGUGUAGAUCCCGUAGAUCCAGCAGAAGGUGGUGAUGGUGAUAAUACUGACGGGGGCGACGAUAACAACGGUGACAACAAUGGUGGUGAUGACAACGAUGGCGACGACAAUGACGGUGACGACAAUGGUGGCGAUGACAACGGUGGCGACGAUAACGGUGGUGGCAAUCCAACUGAACCUCAAACAACUCAAGCUCCAGAAACACCUGCUCCCGAUACGCCUGCCCCUGACACUCCACCACCAGAUACACCUGCUCCAGAUACACCAGCUCCAGAUACAGAAGCACCACCUACUGCAGCACCUGCAACGCCACCACCAGCUGCAACUCCGCCACCUCCAGCUGCAACACCAGCACCUCAAGGAAAUGUUCCAGAAGGACAAGACACUGCAGCCACAGCGCCACCUCCAGCCACUGCACCACCACCCGCAGCCACUGCACCACCUCCACCCGCCGCCACUGCACCUCCUCCACCUCCACCUGCUCCCACUGCACCACCAUCAAGCAAUUCAGACUCAUCUUCAGGACCAACUUCGAAAUCAAGAAAAUCGAAGAAGAAGCUCGCCAAAGCAAAGACAAUGAAAAAAAAAUCUAAAAAAAUGAACAAGAAAGCUAAGAAAAGCAAGAAGUCGAAGAAACAAUAACUUAAUUGAUAUUAAAUAAAGAUUAUUCUAACUUGCUGGAACAAUUUCGUCAUACAUACACUUAUAAGCAACGUAGGUUCAGAACCUUCUCUCAAAUAGAUUCUAUGUUAACGACUAAGCUUUCUCUCUAAAACUACUUUAAAGCUGAAUGACCAAUAUUUUUAGCAACAUGAAGAAUUUUUUGUUUACGAAGAAGCGUGUGAUGAGAAUAAGUUUUAAAAUCGAGUGUUAUGUAGUUUUUCACAACAUAAAAUUUUUGUUUAAAAUCUUCAAAACUUUGUCCUGCAUUUUUAUUAAGUCAUACGAUCCCUUUUGAGAGCUUUGUGUUGACACAACAUUUUUGUGGUGUUUUCGCUUUUAUUACCGUAAAAAUUAAAGUAAAAGACCUUCAUAUCAAAAUUUUGACUGGGGCGCUAAUUUGGGAAAUGAGGUAAAAAGAGCGCUUAUUUGAAUCAUUACAGUAAUUUUAUAGAAAAUUAUUUUCAACAUUGUUUUAUGAAGAUAUAUCUAUUUGACGACAACAUUAACGUGUUUGAAGAGAAAAA